ACCACAUCCAAGAAUUAGGCCAAGGAAAAUAUCAAAUAUAUAUAAUAAAUAAAUAAUAAAUAAAAAAAACAAGAAAUAAAUGCAUUGAUGAACAGGCUUUAUGACUAAACAGAUAUAUGAUGCCAUGUAAUGUAACUUACUAAAUGUUUGCACAACGCAAUCACAGGCAACAGCCAAAUCACAUUCACAAAACACGCCGUGUAUCCAUGUAGCUCUUCCUAUAAGAUGCACUAUAAAUAAUAAUAAUAAUAAUAAUAAUAAAGAACAUUCAGCCUUAUUGAAAACGAUAGAAAUGUCCGCCAGGUUGGAAACGGGGGUGAACUAUCUUGCACUGAGCUCUCCAAACUUUAGCAUAACACUAAUAUCUACGUGUUCUCCAGGCAGCCUGGAAAACAUAUAUUUGUAUGUUUUCGUUUAGUGUCUGUGAUCUGGACGAUGCGUGGGUUAACAGCAGCUGUACAGAUGUGACUGCACCCAUGUGUGUGAGGUGUUUACGUAGAGAAAUCAGUGAAUUGUGUUUCCCCCCAUCGUAGUCUCGUGGUUUACAACUCCAGCGAAAACUGUGCACACGUGAGAUCAUUGACUGUAACGCAGGUAUGCCACUGGUCUGUCAGCUGCUAGCACUGUUUCUAAUCAGCAUGGCUCAGAUAAACGUAGUGAGUUAGUUCAGACCAGGCUGCACUUUGAACCUGUUCUCUAACUGAACAGGCUCGAAGAUACGGAGCAACACCCAGCUACAUAAUUGUCAGAGGUUCCACUGGAAAACUUUAUACACACAUAAACACCUGAAUCAUUACCUGUCAGAUUUAGUGUGGACGUAAGGAGACUCCCUUCAUCUGUUCAAAGACUUUUCAGCCUUGCUGCUGCUGCUGCUGCAGAAACAUGUCCUCAGGCUCUUUGGGCAGACAACUGGUGGCAUGUCUCCUCAAUGUUUCUGAGGCUUGCAGGAAGGACCUGGUGGAGACUGUGGCCAAGGCAGCACUGUACAACCCCGAAGGUGUAAGACGAGAGGGCACCACAGUGCUGAACAUCUUUAAUGACCAUGACUACAACCGCUCUGUCAUCACUAUUGUGGCCUCUAUCAACUCAAUCAGGGAGGUGGUUCUGUCUGCAUGCGAGAAAGCGUGCGGCCUGAUCGACAUGCGCACUCACAUGGGGAUACACCCAUGUAUGGGUGCCGUCGACCUCAUACCCAUCUACCCGCUGGGGGAUGAGGUGGGGGUGGAGGACUGUGCUAAAGAGGCUCGGGCUGUGGCUCGGGGACUGACAGAGAGGGUCCCGGGCACCAGUGCCUUCCUGUUCGGCUGGGCGGACUCCCCCCUGCAGCGGGGACUGGCACGGAGGAGGAAGGAGAUGGGCUGGUUCAAGAAGACGCCAGACCUGCAGGACAUUAGGCCCGACAUGGGUCCACAGCCUCAGAAACGAUUCGGCCUCACAGGCGUUGGGGCCAGUCCAUAUGUCAUGAACUGCAACGUCACUAUUGACACCCAAGACAUUGCUAUGGGCCGCAGCAUCGCCACAGCCAUCAGAGAGUCGACCGCAGGGGGCCUGCCUGGUGUGCAGGUUUUGGCUUUGCCACAUGAGGGUGCUGUGGAAAUUGCUUGUAAUGUGGAAAGUGUAAAGGGAAACCCGCCCAGUCACCUGACCUCAGGUGGACCAUGGCCGUCUUUCAGUAUUGAUGGUCAGCCAUACUGUCACGCUCCAGCCUCCCUCAUCACAGCAAGGGUCGCUGAGCUGGCAGCGGGGCAGGGGGUCGACACGAAGGGCACCGCUCUGGUGGGGUUUACUCCCCGAGAGUGCAGGGGCUUAGCAGAGCUUGCACUGUCUCAAGGUAUUGCAGAGUUCUGGAAAGAACAACACAGAAUUCGAAUGUAAAAUAAAAAAGACUCCUACCCAAAACCUGUGAAACAUUAAACAGAAGUACACAGUCUGUACUUCAGUUACAAUUCAGAGGUGGCUGGUUAUGAAGCCCUGCUACCCUCAGUGGCCUUCGCUGACAAUGUCAGCCUGUCCAUGCUAGUGCAGAUCUGCUAUUCAAAAUUCAUAGUAAUGGUUGAAUUAGUAAGUCUUAUUUUUUAAACAGGAGAAAGCAAAAGUGCGUCCCAAGCAGAAUUCAGCAUCCUCACCAGUUGAUAAUCCAUGUAGAAAACAUGGGAAUAAGGCAGCAGUAUUGCUCUGGUGUUCUGGAGUAGGUUUCUGGUAUUAGAAUUAUACAGUAAUUAGGAAAUUAAAACAUGUUCCUAUUCUAGCCAUGGAGUAAUCUCGUAAUAUAUUUUGUCAGACGCUGUAGGCAUUUUGGUGUUAGAAAUAAUGUUACUAGCCAGUUAGCUAGGCUGCUAAUGGCUAUAGCAUAUGUUUUGAGCGAUAGAUUGUAUAUAUGCAAUUGUGAACAAAAGUUUACAUACAUACAUAUACGUACAUAAUACAUACAUACAUGUGUAAAGACCAUGUGUUUCAUGGCAGUCUUGAGUUUCCAGUGACUCCUACAAAGCUCAUUGUUUUAUGAUGAAAUAACUGAAACUCAUACAUCUUGGUUACAAAAAGCAGCCAUUCAUUUUGCUUCUUUGAUAGAUUUAAUGUUGGUCUUCUGGAAAUAUGAUCAAAUGUGCUUGAUGAAAAAACACAUACAUCAAUAUGAAAACUUAGUUAAACACCUUUGGCCAUUUUUACCUCAACUAAGCACUUUUGGUAUCCGUCCACAAGCUUCUGCUUGCAUUUUUGACCACUCCUCUUGACAGAAUUGGUACAAUUAAACGAAAUUUGUCAACUUUUUGACAUCUUUUCUUCAUCACAGUGCACGUUUUUGAUAGGGUUUAAGUCCAGACAUUGGGGAGGUCAGUCUAACACGUUACUCUAGUCUGAUUUAAACAUCUCUUCACCACUGUUGAUGUGUGUUUGGAGUCAUUGUCUUGUUGGAAAACCCAGCCACAUCUGAGAGCCAGCCUUUGGGCUCAUGAUUUUAGGUUUUGCUUAAGAAUGUGGAGGUAGUCCUCUUUCUUCAUUAUUCCACUGACUUUGUGUAAAGCACCAGUUCAACUGGCAGCAAAACAGCCCCAGAGCAUAAUACUACCACCUCCUCAUUUGAGGAUAUGUUUGGUGUUCUUUCAAUUAAAGGCAUCACUUUCUGUCCUCCAAACAUAUGUUUGGUCAUUGUGGCCAAAUAGAUUAAUUUUUGCUCCAUCUGAUCACAGAACUUUCCUCCAGAAGCCUUUUUACUGUCAGUAUAAUCAGCAGCAAACCUCAGUCAAGCUUUCAGGUGCCAUUUCUAAAGGAAAGUCUUGCUUCUUGCAUGGCAGCUUCUCAGCCCAUGGUGAUGUAAAACACAGUAGACUGUGGACACUGACACCUUUGUUCCAGCAGCUUCUAAUUCAUUGCAGAUCUGGUUUUUGGUGAUUCUUGGUUGCAGCAGCAGGUGAUAGUUUGUGUUUUCUUCCUGAUCAUUUCAGUGACACAACUGUACCAUGCAUUAAUAUUGACAAACAAUGGUUUGCACAGUUGGUUAUGGAAUCUGUAGCUACAUUAAAAUUACUCCAAGUCACUUUCUUGACUUGUUAAAGUCAUUGAUUUGCUUUUUCAGAUCUUUGCUGAGCAAGUGUAGUGAUCAUGGCAGAGCUUAAUAAGUGUAUCAAAUUGUCCCUAAUUAAAAUGGCUUAGAGAAGUCAGCAGCUGUAGUCAAUUGUUGUCACUCACAAGAAGUUCAGAGGUUGUGACACUAAGAAGCUUUGAUUAACACAGGUUUUUACAUCACCAAAACUGAUAAUUCAAGUUGCUUUAUGUAUAUUUUUGACUCAGCAGAUUUAGUCAUAUUUCCAGAAGAUCUAUAAUAAAUCUAUGAAAGAGCAAAAUGCGUGGCUGUUUUUGUGACAAAAAUUCAUGUGUUUCAGUGAUUUCAUCAUAGAAAAUGAAGAGUUCUAGAAAUCAAAUCAAGACUGCCAUGAUAUACAUGGUUAUUGAAUAAUAAUGCUAACAGACAGACAAGACUGACAGACAAACCAAUGCUGAUCAUCACAUAACUCUGCCGCCUUCCUUGGCGGAGUAACAAACAACAUUCUCCAACACAAGUUGCAGUCCAUAUUCAUUGGAUGAUCAUGUGGAAAAAUAAGCUUGUUAACAAAGAAGGUUGGCUUAGUUUAGUUUUUAAAUGUUUGAGAAUAAGUGUCAAUUAAUGUUUGCUGCAUCCAUGUGUGCAGAUGGAUGGGCACAUGGUUCCAUUCACACUAAACACUAUUUAAUAUUAGUCUGCUAUGCAAAUCAAACAGAAAAACAUGAGGGGCUUCUGUGGAUGUUUCUGAAUGUUUAUGACUUUGAAUUUUAUGAUGACAAAGAGUUGUCUUGUACAGCCUAUCCUCAUAGCAAGCAUUUGUUUUCCGCACCAUUUGUUUUGUGUGCAGUCCCCCUGCUUGCAGUGUCAACUGUCCACACACAUCUGCAUAGAGGUCCACAUGGACACUUGCCGAAUUGGGUGAAUGAUGAAAUUCACAUCUUGUACCCUUGCAGAAGUGCACACAGAAAGCAUUAAUUGGCCUUUAUGUUCCCAUUGUUACCAGCACUGCGAACACUCUCAGUUCCUGGAACCUAACAUUGUAUCGUUUAAUUGUAUUGUUCAUGUCAUAUUUCCUAACAUCUGCUCUUGAACAUCUUAUUAUAACAUUAAGUUAAUACAAAAAUUAUUCUAAAAAAACACAUUUCAUUUGAAUUUCUGAUGAAUGAUUGCAAAUAAUAUUUUCUUUAUUGAAAAUAAUACAUGAAAUAAAUCAUUUAUCA